GCCGGCUGCCUGCCCAGAGCCAAAACGAAAGCACUGGGGCUGGAGCUGGAUCGGGAAUCGGGGCUCGCGGGAGAGGGAGUGCGCAAGCUGUCCAGCGCUGAAACCCUGGGAGGCACGGGGGAUUCUGGCCCCUGCUCACGAUAGACACAGGGCUGAGUGGGGACAGGGGUGGGGUUUCUGCCCCCCCCUUGGGGGGCAGGACUGGGCCUCAGGCCUGAGUGCUCCCUGGCACUUAAAAGAUGCCUAUGCCCUGGUUCCUGCUGUCCUUGGCUCUGGGUCGAAGCCCUGCCGUUCUCUCUCUGGAGAGGCUCGUGGGGUCUCAGGACGCUGCCUACUGCUCUCCGGGCCUCUCCUGCCACCUCUGGGGUGGCGACAUCCUCUGCCUGCCUGGAAGGAUCGUGUCUGCCCCAGGCCCUGUGCUGGUGCCUAGGCACCUGCAGACAGAGCUGGUGCUGCGUUGCCACCAGGAGAACGACUGUGACCUCUGCGUGCGUGUGACUGUCCACUUAGCCGUGCACGGGCACUGGGAAGAGCCUGAAAUUGAGGAAGAGUUUGGAGGAGCUGCUGACCCAGAGCUUAGGAACGCCUCGCUGCAGGCCUACAUUGUGCUCGCCUUCCAGGCCUACCCCACUGCCCGCUGCGUCCUGCUGGAGGUGCUCGUGCCUGCUGCCCUCGUGCAGCCUGGUCAGCCUGUGGGCUCUGUGGUCUUUGACUGCUUUGAGGCUGCCGUGGGAGGAGAAGUGCAGAUCUGGUCCUACACUCAGCCCAGGUACCAAACAGAACUCAACCUCACACAGCAGCUGCCUGACUGCAGGGGGCUGGAAGUCCAGGACAGCAUCCAGAGCUGCUGGGCCCUGCCCUGGCUCAAUGUGUCGGCAGAUGGUGACUACGUGCACCUGGUACUGGACAUCUCUGAGAAGCAGCACUUCAGCCUCUCGCUGUACUGGAAUCAGGUCCAGGGUUCCCCCAAACCCUGGUGGCACAAAAACCUGACUGGACCUCAGAACAUUACUCUGAACCAUACAGACCUGGUUCCCUGCCUCUGUAUUCAGGUGUGGCCCCUGGAGCUCGACUCGGAGAGGAUGAACUUCUGCCCCUUCAGGGACGACCCCCGUGCACACCGGAACCUCUGGCGGGCAGCCAAGCUACGCCUGCUGCCCCCGCGGAGCUGGCGGCUGGACGCGCCCUGCUCACUGCUGGCGGAGGCUGCGCUGUGCUGGCAGGCACCGGAUGGGGGACCUUGCCUGUCUUUGGUCCCGCCACUGCCCCGGGAGAAUGUCACUGUGAAUAAGCCUCGUGAGUUCCCGUUGCUGGAAGGUCACCCUAACCUCUGUGUCCAGGUGAGCAGCUGGGAGAAGUUGCAGCUGCAAGAGUGCUUGUGGGCAGAAUCCUUGGGGCCCUUCAAGGAUGAUAUGCUGCUGGUGGAGACACGAGGACCCCAGGACAACAGAUCACUCUGUGCCUUGGAACCCAGUGGGUGUACUACACUGCCCAGCAAGGCCUCCACCGGGCCCACCACGAGGGCAGCGCGUCUUGGAGAGGAGUUACUACAAGACCUACAGUCAGGGCAGUGUCUGCAGCUGUGGAAUGGUGACCUGGGAGCACUAUGGGCCUGCCCCAUGGACAAAUGCUUCGAGCGCCUGGUGGGUGCCCUGGCGUCGGCGCUGUGCCAGCUGCAGCUGCGCGUGGCCGUGGACCUGUGGAGCCGUCGGGAACUGAGCGCGCAGGGGCCCCUAGCCUGGUUCCACGCGCAGCGGCUUCAGACCCUGCAAGAGGGCGGCGUGGUGGUUCUGCUCUUCUCGCCCGGAGCCGUGGCUCUGUGCCGCGAGUGGCUGCAGGGCGGGGCGUCGGCGCCCGGGGCGCACGGUCCGCACGACGCCUUCACCGCCUCGCUCAGCUGCGUGCUGCCCGACUUCUUGCAGGGUCGAGCGCCCGGCCACUACGUGGGCGCCUGCUUCGACAGGCUGCUCCACCCGGAUGCCGUGCCCACCCUUUUCCGAACUGUGCCGGUCUUCUCACUGCCCUCCCAGUUGCCCGACUUCCUGGGGGCUCUGCAGGCGCCCUGCACCUGCCGCCCCGGGCGACUCAGGGAGAGGGCGGAGCAAGUGUCCCAGGCCCUUCAGCCCGCCCUGGACAGCUGCUUCCCACCUCCGAGGGACCCAGGGCCGGGGCGCGGGAUGGGACUUGGGGCAGGGGACGGGACUUGAAUAAAGGCAGCCGCUAUUUUUCUAUCCACGUUGCCCACUGUUGUCCUGGCAGCAUAAAGGCUUAGGCUGGCGAGCUGCCGUCCCUAACUCCAUCGCCCUUUAAAGCGGGGACAGGUGCAGCCCGACGCCGCCUCCGGU